AUGGCUACUGGAGGAGGGGACCAAGUCUGGACGUGGAAGAAACCACUCCCUCCAAGUAAAGCCGCACUCAGGAAGGUCUUUGAGAACACCAGUCACCUCAGUUACCUCUGCAACAUCCUCUCAUUCCCUCUUGAUAAGAGUGAUGUUGACAGUGCAGUAGAGUACUAUGUACAGAGUACAGAUCCAAUGAAAAUGAGAAAGAUGAUAUUCAAUCUGGACUUCAUUAGAGACACAGCUCUAGCUGACUCAUUGAUGGAGUAUGCAGAGCCCCCAGCAGAUCCAUCCCUCAAUCCGCACCUCCUCAUACCAGUCUUUACUGCUAUAUCUGGAGACUGGGAGAAGAUUGAUGGCAACACUACAGUACCAGAUGCCAGGGCUGCUCUCUUCCGUGAGAAGUUCAGUGAUCGUGAUCAAGUCACUGCUGAGGCUGGGAAGUACUACGCUCUCUAUCAUCUUGAUCCCAGCUGGAAAGACUUAUCCCUCCAUCUCUAUGCAGCAGGAAAAACAAAGGCUGUGGGGAUUGCCAAACCUCACGUACAGACUGUGAUUGACCCCAGCCUGACUCCAGCCACAUCCUACAAGUCACACGACCCAUGUCCCACUGUGGAGUAGUAGG